UCUUUAAAAUACAAGUGUCUGCCGAUUGGCUAACACCACAGCUAAACCGAUUUGUGCAUUGAAACGCGUCGAAGAAAACGGCCAUUAUUCUUUCUUUUCUGAUGUCCCUCAAAUGUGUCUACAAUCGAUAUAGCAUCUGUUAAAAGAAGUGUAUAUUUUCAAUCCUUAACUACUGAAAAUUAAUCAUGGCGAUGCUGCUCGUGCUAACAGUCUAAAGCACGCGGGUGCCGUGUCUCCAAUAAGUGGUCUGUGAAGAUAUCGGAGAUGAUUUAAGCGAUUCUGAAAAUACUGGCACAUGUACCCCAUUGGGGAUACAGCCAUAAGGAAAGGAAGGAAGGAAGGAUUCUGAAAAUGAUGAAGUAAUGGAAACGGUUGUAGUGCGUGCUUCAAAACGAUAUAUUCGUGAUGGAAAUAAUCCUUUUGAAUUUUACAAUGACGAAGAAUUUAAAAGGCUCUUUAGGUUUAAUAAAGAAAAUAUAAUGUAUGGUAUAUUACCUAAAAUUGAAGAAGGCCUUGCAAAGACUAACAACCGCGGUUUACCGAUUCCACCUGUCAUGCAAUUAUUAAUUUGUUUAAGAUUUUAUGCAACUGCAAGUUUCCAGCUUCUACUUACAAUUAAUGAUACAGUCACAGUAUCACAACCGACUAUAUCAAGAAUUGUUUUUCGAGUUAGUGCAUUGCUUGCUAGCUUGUUAAAUCAGUAUAUAAAAAUGCCAAAUAUUCAAGAAUCACGAAAUGAAAAUCAGUGGCUAUUUAAAAAACUAGAACAGGGCAAUGGAGCUAUUGGGCUUCCUGGUAUCGAUGGAACACAUGACUGUACCCACAUACGUCUAGUAGAUUCACGUUUUCAAGACAUUAAUGAAAUAUAGGGGAAUAGAAAGGGAUAUUCCUCUCUAAAUGUACAAACUAUUGUUGGGCCUCGAAUGGAGUUUUUAGAUAUUGUACCAGAGUGGCCUGGUAGCGAGCAUGAUAGUAGAAUCUUCGAAAAUUCAAGAAUCUGUAUGAAAUAUGCUAAUGCUGAGCUCAAUGGUAUAUUGGUAGGGGAUGCUGGAUAUCCAUGUCUACCUUUUUUAUUAACACCGAUUGCAAAUCCUAUAACCGAUGAACAGAUGUGCUACAAUAAUAUACAUGGUAGAACAAGACGUAUUGUAGAAAGGACUUAUAGUGUUUCGAAACGGCGAUUUCCUUGCUUAGCACGAGGACUAACAACUGAACUCCUCUGUUCAACAACAAUUGUUGUGGCCUGUGCUGUGUUGCAUAACAUGUCAUUGAUAUUUAGCGACAUAUUACCAGAAGAUGAUGAAUCUUUUGUGGAAGAGGAAGAACCCAAUAAUCAACUUCAUUGGCAACCUAUGGAUGGUUUUGCUGCUCGUAACACCAUGAUUGAACGUUUGUUUCAUUGAGCAUAAGUAUCAUAAAGGUUGUGACUUUAAAUAAAAUCUCUCAAAUUGUAAAUUGUAAUCAAUACCAGGAUUUGAAAUAGAAACUCCUGUUUGUUUAUAUAUCAGUUUAUUGUGUAAUAUAUAAAUACUGUAAAUAAAAGGACAUCAUAAUU